AGGUUGCGUCGCUCUCUCACGUGCCGACGUCCACAUGCGGUGACUCGCCUCUAGUUUUGUGGAUGUUAUUGGUGAUUUUAUUUCGAUCUCCCAAAGGAAUGUCAGUGUGUGCUGUGCCGUCGUGUGUGUAGAGAGAGGUGAUUUUGUGCGUGUGCCUAUUGAUUUAAUACUGUGAAUUGAAAUCGCAAAUAAUUGUAUACUUGUGUGAUUAUUUUCGGAAAGACAGAAUAGCAGUUGCAAGUAAAUCGAACUGCAAGAGAAAAGAUAAUAUAUCUCUGACCCCCGGAUGCUCGUAUAACAAAAACUCCGCUUGAACAACAGUGUUAAUCCAAAGUCCUUUUUAUGCACCAUGUAACUUUGCCUCGCGUCGCACUCCAAACGCCCACCAUGAGAUCGCGGGCGUCGUUGCUGCUGUGGGCGGCGCUCCUCGGCGUGUCUGUGGGCGGUGUGUCCGGCAAAGGCACCAGGGUUUGGCUGGACGACUCGGGCGCUUACAGGGACCUGGUCGUCGCCGUCCACCCUGCCUUCAUCCCUGCCAACUGCACCUCCUUCUUCGCCAAUCUCAAGGCUUCUCUGGAUUCCUUCUCACGUUUUCUGUGGCGAGCGACGAAUGGGCGUGCCCAUCUGGGAAACGUGGGCGUAGUGGUGCCGCCCACCCUCUCGCGGGCUUGCUCAGUAACCCCCGGCGCCCGCGCUACCUGGCAGAGAUGGGCGACGGCAGACCUGAGACUGGCACCAAGUGCUGUGUCUUCCGGAUGGGCGUGGGGCGCGGGCGGCAGCGUGGGCGUAGGCGUAGCUCAGCCUGAAGGGUGCGGGCGGCCCGGACAGCACAUCACCCUCGAUCCCGACGUCGUCCUCGAGCUGGCUGAGGCUGAGGUUGACACUCUGGGUCGCUCUCUGGUGGGCGCGUGGGCGAGGUACCGCUGGGGCGUGUUCGAGGAGCGAGGGUACGAGGGCGACCCCAAGUUCCCGGCUGCCCACAUGAUGGACGACGUGCCCAAGCCCACGUCCUGCACCAACGCGCCCACGGAGGGACAGUGGAUCUCCAGAAAGGGAUCGGGUCCGUGUUCGGAGGAUGACCUAGAAGGGUGUGUGUGGGUGCCCGACCUCAAGAGCCAGGUCAACACAUCGAUCCUGUACCAUGCUGACUUACCUCAGAUACGGGGCUUCUGCGACAGCGAAACGCACGACUACGACUCCCCGACGCCCCACAAUCUCCUGUGCGGAGCCAAGAGCGUUUGGGAAAUCAUGAAGCAACACCCAGACUUCGCUGUCAAGGCCACACCCGCACCUCCUGCUAUAGUGGAGGUAGAGCAACAGGCCACAAGACGCCCCGAGGGAGAGGAACGUAGCGGCACCAUCAGGAAAUGGAAAACAGAGCCCGUGACACCUGCGACUUCCACGUCGACAACUGCAGGAGGGGUGACACGAGAAGAGUCGACGACGACGGAGCGUCUGUUCUUGGAUGACGUCCGAAGGAGGUUCGAGGAGAAGGCUGCUUCCAAAAGCGAGGCGCAGGUCACUCCCGAAGUGGGGAACCAAACGCAGAAGAGGAGCAAAAGAGAAGAGACUAAGCCUAAUCCGGAUGUCAAUCUGCGACCGAGCUUGGUGACCGCCCACAUCGCGACGUCCAGCUCCCCUCCUCCUCCAUUCAACGCCACGGCCUCGGAGGACGCCUUGCCAGUCCAGGACUACCUCAUCAGCAGCCACGAAGUCAACUUCUCGGAGAACUCAGGACGCUCCCACCAUCCGAACCACGAGCCCGUCAGAGACAAAAUUAGGAAAAGGCUUCCAGGGCGCCAGGAAUGGAGUCCUCCGUCCCCAGAGCUCAUCCUGCUGGCCCCUGCCCCGAGGGCCGUGGUGCUGGCACUCGACCUAUCUCAGGACGCUGUGGCGCAGGUCAACAUGGAUGAGCUCCGAGGCGGGAUCCUUCGCUGGCUGUGGGGCCUCGGCUCCAACAUCAAGGUGGGCGUCUUGGCGGCCUACAACAACGCAUCCUACCCACUCAGUCUCGGCCCUCUCCUGCAUGCUCCUACCACGACGUCGCAGCUGGAGGACGAGCUCGCUCUCCUCCCUUCUCUGGACGAAGUGGAAGACGGGGUGUACGGGGGCGAGUACUGCCUCGACUGCGUCCUGAGGGAGGCUUCAAAGAUGCUGGAGGACGGUGGUGUCGAAGAAGGAGCCGGCGUCCUUCUCUUGGUGGCGUGCGCGCCCCAGGUCUCCGAGGACGCUCUGGCCGGUCUGCGCCAGAGCCCCCUGGCCGUGCAAACCCUGGCGCUCUGCCCUUCCGCCGAUCCAAAGUUCGACCAGCUGGCGGGGUCGGGCGGGUCGUGGGUGCUGCCUGACACACCCACGCCCACGUACCCGGGGGAGGCAGGGAAAGGCCGCGAGCAGAGAGCAGCGGCUGUGCUCGCUGCUGCUACCCAGGGCGCGAUGGCUGUCCCGGGAGACCCGACGCUCGUUAGGGUGGGUGGACUGAUAACCAGCGUGGAAGAACGAAUGGUAGAGAGCGCCGGCCCGUACGUGACUAUGUCUGGUAGACUGAGACUCGUACCUGCUCGCGAGCCUCACCUGGUCAUCAUCACCACACAGCAUCAGGCAAAGAUUGUGGAGCUGACGAAUCCCCAGAAGGAAGAAAUCGACUUGAUUCGAGACACGAACCAGCGCUUCUGGGCCAUCGUCGGCAAGGAGGGCGGGGAGUUCACUUACACGAUCAAGUUCCUCAGGAGUUCGAUCGCUUUCCCGUUUUUUGUGACCGCGGAUGUGUAUGUGAGAAAACAGGAAGACAUCGGCGUUGCGGUGAAACUUUACACAAACGUCGACGAUCACAAGCCGAUGCAACCGGACUCGCGCCCUCUCGUCGCGUGGGCGGAGGUCACUCUCGAUGGACGUCCUGUCGUCGGAGCGAAGGUUGUCCUCAAGAUAACUCACCUGAACGAGGACGGUCCCUCCGACACGCUCGAAUUACUGGACAAUGGCAACGCAGAGCCCGAUGUGCGUGCGCAUGACGGCGUUUAUACUCGCUACGUGACGUGGCUGCCCGUCGAAGGAAGAUAUGCCCUCACGGCCAUAGCCACAGAUCAUCAGGGGGCGGCGUCCGUGCUGGCACCGAGACGUCGAGACGGCCGCGUGGUGCCCGUGAGUGCCGGCCAGUUCACCGUCGACAGUGCGUCUGUGUCUGUCAUCGUGUCGCGAGUCACCACCGCUGACAUCACACCGCCCUCUAGGAUCACAGACUUGACUGUGACUUCAGUGCACGACACGACUGUAAACCUCACGUGGGCUGCUCCGGGCGGCAACCUCGAUCAGGGGUCAGCGUGGCGUUACGAGCUCAAGAUGUAUACCGAGCGCAGCGCCCUCAGCGAGGAACGCUUCAACACCUCCACCAUCGCCGUCUACUGCAUCACCCACGACCUCAGGGCGCCCACGCAAACGCCUGCCAGCUACGGGACACCCCAGCAUUGUCUUACCGAGCUGCCCUUCACAAAUCUCAGAUGGUACUUCGCCAUCCGCGCCAUUGACUCGGCCAACAACACGGGUCGGAUUUCCAACGUGGUGUCCGCCUUCGUCCCCGACCCGCCCACGACCCCGCCGCCCACGCCCACGGCCAGCGAAGUCCCGUCGAACGCCCAGACCGUCAUCAUGUCGACGAUCAGCUCCGCCAGCCCGAGCGGCAACCAGACGGCGGGAAACGCGACCCAUCCCGCCCACGCCAGCAGCGCCGGCUACGACUGGAGAGUGUGGCUGGCGGUCGGCGUGGGCGUGUGCGGCAUCCUGCUCGCGGCGGGCAUCAUCCUGACGUGCAUCUGCUGUUGCAAAAGGAACCCCGAGGGCGGAGAGAAGGACCCCGACAGGCCGAUCUACAAGAUCUACGUGAACAACGCCUACAUCCAGGAGGAAGACGGCGAGAUCAAGGUGGUGAGCAACGGGAAGCUCGUUGACGACAAAGAACCGAGUCAGGUGCAGGAGUGGGUGAACUCCCUGUCCAAGUUUGGCUCGACGGACGUGUACGGAGCGGAGAACGGCGAGGCCCCGGCGGCGGCGACGGAGGCUCCCCUGGUUGAGUGCCGUCCCCGCGCUUCCAUGAAGUACGCCAGCCCCGUGCGUUUCGGCGUGCUCACCAACGGCUCCAUCAUGAGGGAAGCUUGCGCCUCCUCCUCCUCGACGUCCUCCUCCAAGCCCUCGGACGACCCCGCCGGCGAGGACUUCAAGUAUCGCGACUUAUCCGAGACGACGAGCAACUCGACAACGGACGGCGGGGCUUCGGCGUCCUCGACGGCCACGACAGAGCUGCCCCCUCCCCCGCCUCCUCUCAUGGACAACACCACGACCUUGACUGUAAAAACAACUAGUUCCGGUCUCCCGCCGCCGCCGCCGCCCUCGCAGCUCCAGCAGCCACCCCCGCCGCCGCCGCAGAUUCAGCCCUUGGGCGUCCCGGGUCCGACGGUGAUCUCCAUCCACGCGGGGUCGACGCUCCACAACGGCUACAGCAGCGACGAGGAGGGAGGCUUCCGGCCGCGAACUGUGCCUGGCCCCGGACCAAGACGGUACCUGCCCAACCACUUCUCGUCCUUCCGCUACCUGCCGCCGCCCCCCGAGUACCGCUCUGGAGGCGCCGGAAGCAACUCUGGCCCGCUUGACUACCCCACCUGCCACACGAUCUCCCGGGCCACGGCGACACUCCCGCACGGAACAGUUCGCAGCGUCAAGAAGCGACGGCACAUUUCGUUCGUGUAGUUUCGUCGAGACAAUUAAGUGCUGCAGUUUUCGUGUACGGUGAAAAAACACGUGAAAAGACCUGCAUAUAUGAAAAUUAUGUAAUUGAACUCUGCUUAAAUGUUUUGCUUUUUACACUUUGUAGUUUACGCUACAGACUUUUUAAGUGUGCAAGUAAGAGGUUUGUUAGCCCAAAGUUACACGGAAAAGUAUACUGAAACCCGUGAAUAUUUACUGUUAUUGUGAUUUGAAACUAGAAAUUCUUGAAGUGGACAAGUCCUGUCGUAGUUUCUUCCGUCGAUGUGUGGUAUAUUGUGUAUAUGUGUGUAUUUGUCUUUGUAUAUGUUGGUGUAAGCUUGUUUCUGUAAAAAUGGCUGAACAAACAGUCCUUUAAGAAAAAUGGUUGACCUUUGUAAUUACAUUUGCAUUAUAUGUAAAUACGUUUUGUAAAUAUUUUCCCCAAAGGCCAAAAUUAUAUUGAUCCUAACUUUGUGAUAAUAACUGUUAUGUUCUUGCAAAAUAAUAAUCCAAAUCCUCGAGAAGAGUGCUCUGCUAAUACACCUUUUAUAUGCAUAAAACAAAUAACUGUUUUCUUAUGGAAACAGUUUACAUAAAGUGAACUGCGACAAUAUACAUGCAUAAUGCACAUAGACAAAAAUACCGAAUGACUAAUAUGUAUAUAACAUGUUAAUCGGAAAGUGGAUAUUACCAUGACCAUUAGAUAUGAUGAUAUAUAUCUAAUAUAAUUAUAUUUAAUUAUGUAUACAUCUAUAUAUCUAAUAUAUCUAAUGAUCAUGGACACUACUACAUUAAUUUCAAACACGAUUUAUUACAAGUCUGCAUCUUCUCAGUAUCUUGCCAAAGACUUUAUAACCACCAACCAAAACCAAGAUUCAAGGAUGGGGUUUAUUUAACGGUUUUCAUUCAGAAGAUUUUGUGUAAGUUUGAAAAAAAAAGGAAUUUUUGCCCCAUGCUGUCGUGUAAUGGUUAUGGUGGUUACAACUGUAAAUUUAUGUAAAUAUUUAAUGUAAAAUAAAUAUACGAUUUGAA